AUGUCUGCAGGUGGACAACAACAACAACAAAUCUCCACCUGCACUGUGACCGGCCCAGCUGUCAUUGAUUUCAGCAGCAAUGUUGGCGCUGUCGGAGAUCACUGCGCAUAUACUCUGGUGUCAGGUGCGGGCCUCCAGGUGAUUGGUGCUUUCAAGGAACGCCGCCGUCAAGACGUUAGUUUCUUGGACCAUGUGAUCCUGCAAGUGGACGGGGCGAGUGAUAACGUUCAGCUGAAUCAGGGCGGUAAAGUGCAAGCGGGCGACACAACUCUGAGCCUGAGCAGCACGCCUCAGACUGAGAACAGCGUGGAGCUCUCAAAGGACGAAAACACAGUCACUGCCAAAGUGACGCUCUCCGCCCACACCAUCACUGUCAUCUUCGAUGGCACCACUGCACACAUCCACAUGACAGGAUCGCCCACCCAGACCCAGACAGGUUUAUGUGUGGACUCCAGCAGCUCUCAGGAUGAACUGAAGGACGAUGACUUAAGCUCCGACAGCUGUGGGAAGCAGUCCACUGAAUCUAACACAGACGGGAUCAAGUGCUCCAAGAUGACUCAACACUGUGAGCUCCUAAAGGCGGCGCCGUUCACCUCCUGUUCCAUCGACCCUGAUCCCUACUUCACCGCCUGCAAGGAUACGCUAUGUAAUUACCCAGCGGUGGACGGUCUUGGUUGUCAGUUCCUGGAGGCGUACGUCGGAGUCUGCAGACUGCAGAAUGAUGCCACACUGGACGACUGGAGGUCACAGACCGGCUGCUCACUCUCUCAGAGCUCCUGUCAGAACACCUGUGGCGCUCAUGAAUUCUGUGGCGAAGACAUCAGUGGUAACCCCGCCUGUCUGUGUCGGGGUCACUUUGCUUCCAAAUACAGACAGGCAGAUUCUCUGGGUGACGCGACGGUGUGCGGGGACAACACGGCUUCAGUUUCUCUAGCUGCUUGUCUCCUGGCAGAAAAAGGCAUCCACCACUCUGACUUACAUCUCAACGAGCAAAGCUGUGGAGGGGAGAUUGAUGAAGACAGUGGUAUGGUGACCUUCACCUUCAAGUCCAGCAAGUCCUGUGGAAGUUUGAUCACGGCCAAAGAAAACAAAAUCUUCUACGAAAACACCAUCACGACUGACAGCUCCACUGGUCCGAUCUCUCGUCAAAACCCGGUAAAAGUCGACUUCUCCUGCUUCUACAACCAGCCGGAAGACAAGAGCAUGGCCUUCACAAUAAAAGGAAGCGAUGGUUUAAAGCAGAUUGUAGCUGGAUCUUGGAGUUACAGUGUGAAAAUGGGAAUGUUCUCCGACCUCGCCUGCACUCAACCCGUCGACUUUUCAAAUGGGUUAACGACGGACAUGAUCAUCUACAUGAGCCUGGACAGUGAUGGGCUGGAUCCCUCCAUCAUCACCCUGGUGAUCAAGGACUGCUGGGCAACUGACACGGCGGACGGCAACGGUCAGAGAUACAACCUCAUCGAAAACGGGUGA